AUGGGGCCCCCGGGCAAUAGGGGAUCAUGGGACCCCUGUGUCCUCGCCCAUGCUCAAACCACACCCAAAAAGCCUAUGAAAGGUACCAGGAGCAUCUCAUGGGGCCCCCUACUGACCCCAGGCCCUCGGGCAGUGCCCGAAAAAAACCACCAAAAGCAACAGCUGUAAAAACGUCCAGUGUGCAUGAGGACUUAAACCCAAAAGCCAAAAUGUAAUAUACCAAUCAUUAGUCCUGGGUCCAGGGGUUGACUGACAACUCAUGGGGCCCCCGGGCAAUAGGGGAUCAUGGGACCCCUGUGUCCUUGCUCAAACUCAAAAAAGCCUAUGAAAAAGGUACCAGGGGCAUCUCAUGGGGCCCCCUACUGACCCGGGCCCUCGGGCAGUGCCCGAGUUUCUAAAUGGUCAGUCCGCCCCUGGCCAGGUCCCAUAU